CAGUUCCUGUGUUCUUUUGUGCUUCUGCAUCUGUCAAUCAUGCCGGAGUAUCUCAUGUCCAUCUGUUUAGCCACACCCGUCACUUGACACGCACACCACACAUGCAUGAGAGCAUCGCAUGAACAGCCACGCAGGCAAGUCCAAGAUCUUUGCAAGGCCUUGGAAGCAGCACCUUUGCACAAAUCACAGGAGGCAGAAGACACAGGCUUCGUAGCGCUGUUUAGAGCGCUUGGCUGUAAUGACGUCGAUCGCGCCAAUGUCGAUGCGGUCUUGUCGCAACCUGUACCGCCAGUGCAAGUGAGCGGUGGACCUAGUACAGAAGAGACUCAAGAGAAGAGUAAGGAAGCGACUCGUGUGAGUGAGGCGACAAGAGCAACACCCACCAUCACAGAGGACGUGAUGGUGCAACUUGACAAAGCAUUGGAGCGCUUCACGCGCACGACCAGUAAGAGACCCGAGCGACCACAGAUGACUACAUCAGCGCGAUUCGCUAGUCUUGAUGCAAAGCUUGCUGUCCUGGAUAAAACCAGACGAGCUGCUUCCGAAGCGCUAGCCCGACACAUCUUUGUGGAUAGCAGUAACAUCUAUUGUGGCUUUCAAGCUGCCAUUCAGCAUUUGUAUCAACAGGAUGGUUAUAAGGAUUAUCGAUGUUCUCCCAGAGUCCCACUGGAUAUGGCAGCACUUGAUCGCAUUCUGGAUCGUUCAAAAGCGGCUCGCGUCAAGACAUUGGUAGGAUCGUCACCUUUAUUGCAAGACUGGCAGCAAGCGGCCUUGCUGGAUUACGAAGUCUCUAUUCUUGCACGGGUUCCUGUCGCUGUUGAGAAGGAACAGCCAGAUGGCAAGAAGCGGACUGUCACUGUCCUCAAGGAACAAGGAGUCGAUGAGCUACUGCACCUCAAGAUGCAUGAAUCUUUGCUGUCCCAUGAACCUGGGGUUCUCGUACUUGCAAGUGGUGAUGCGAAUGCUGCGCAAUUCUCACAAGGCUCCUUCUUCAAAAUUGCAUUGAGCGCCCUGGGCCUUGGCUGGGAGUGUGAAGUGGUGAGCUUUGCAAGUGGACUCAGUGCACUGUGGCAAGAACCCAAUCUGCUGAAGCUGUUUGCCAAGUCCUUUCGUGUUGUGCUGCUGGAUGAUUUUCUCUUGGAGCUUGAGCAGACGUAGUGGGUCUGGGGCGUCCAUUGACUUGUAUGCUAGGCUAAGUAUAAGUCAAUCUAUAUCUUGCUCCUUUCCUGGUCCAUCUGGUGGAAGUUUGGCCGGGGAUCCGAUGGCAGCACAGACACCGACACCUGGCAUCUGCUCGACAGAUCGC